UUUAUCCGUUUGGAGAUUAAAUUCUGGGGCUGACCCAAAGCAUUUCCUCGACUUGCCGUCAAUCAAGCCAACCAAAAAAAGAAAAGUUCUUACAGAUGUUACGUGCGACUCUGGUUUGACGAUUCCAGCAAUCUCAAAAGGUACAAAAUUUUAGGUGUGUUCAACCCUUUAAAACACUGAAGAUUGAUUGCACAUCAUAAACAUCAUCUUAGUGAUAAAUAUUUAAUUUUUUUUAAAUCUAUUUCGCGUGAAAUAAUUUCAUAACAUGGUCUUGUACGGUAUAUCCAGAGCCAUUAACUAUGGUUACCGGUCUCUUAUGGCGGAAUAUUCUCUCGGAGACGGAUAUAUACAUUUAUAACAUAUGCAAAAAUAUUAUGCGAUAUAUAUAUCUCCCGCCACUAGCGGCGAUAGUCUCAACUUAAUACAAAAAAUGGCGAAAGCUAAUAAGCCAUCGUCACGAAAUUGUAUAGUUCCCAAUUGCAUUAAUAGAUAUUCAGGAAACGCCGAGAAUAGAGAGAAUUAUACAUUAUUUGGAGUGCCAAGCAAUAGUUUCAAUGCAUGGCAAGACCUAAUGCCAAACGUAAAAUUACACAAAACAUCGAAGCUGUGCUAUCGCCAUUUUGACGAUUCUGACAUUGUCAAAGGGUACAAUAUUCUAGGUGUGUUUCAUCCUUUCAUCCGGUGGAGAUUAAAAGAAGGCUCAAAUCCCAAGUAUCAUAUUGGACAUUUAUCGACAAGACCAACAGUGUCCAGCUCAACAUCACAGAAAUCAAAAACCACCCUAAAAAAUUCCUGUAGUUCUAAAACUUUGCCAAUAGCAAAAGAUCCACCUUUGUUACCUAAACCUAAAGAUGGAAGUGGUUUGCCCAUUCAAACUAAGACUGUUUCGGAAUCAAGCAUCAAUUUUUCAGGCCCAAGCCAUACUAUUCCUCUUCCAGUUGAUGGGCCUAUAACUCACUACAUCGUCGUUCAGGAUAAUAUUGCUGUACCAAAUAAACCCACACUAACAGUAGACGGUGGGCUAAAUGUAAAUGGUACUCUGAGCAAUUUGGUCACAUCUACGGUGCAAAAUGAUCGUAUGGAUGUUAGUUCUUCUGCGUCUUGCAGUUUUGACCACAGCUACGUACUGGUACCUCCACAAACACCAAUUUCUCUAGAAGAGAGUGCUGCUGCGUCAUCGACAUUGCGCAAUUUCGAAUCAGCUACAUCUCAGGAAGCACAAGAAAAUGCUGGCCCAAAUGAAUCGGAUCACAAUUACGUUAUUCGUUCUUCUUCGACCCCUACUGUGAAUGAGCAGGAAAGUCUCCAUUUGGAUAUGGCGGGUUACCACAACUUCAUUAAUGGUGUCGCUACUCCUACAGCUGAAUGGACUUGGUCCUUCAACGAACGAAACAACAAUUUAGUUUGUUCUUGUCAUAUUUUUUCCCAUGACGGUGUGAUGACUAUCAAAUCUGUUAAAAUUAUCACCAUGACCAAAGUUGCGUUGUAUCUGAAUGGAAAACCAAUCACGCCUCCAGAUAUGCAAUUUGAGUUUCGAAGUAAAGCUGAUUUAGCAAAUAUUCUUGAAGAUUUCAAUUACCGAAGAAUAUGUCAAGGAAUUGUGGAUGAUUCGCUAGCAGAUACCGAAGUGACGGGUAAAUGUGCUGGUAUCAAGGAAGGCAAUUUGUGGCGCUCAAAAAUGUGCAUGGGAAUUGCAAACCCUGCUGCUUCCGCUCUCUGUUCAAAAUGCCGCGUUUUUAAAAAUUAUUUGAAGAGAAAUACAAAUAAUCAGAAGACAAAGAAAUUGAAAAAUUCGAAAGAAGAUUAUAAAUCGAGGCUGCGUUCCACCAACCAAAGGUUGAGACGAUCAAAUUCUAAAAUUGAGGCUCUUUCAGGUACCAUAGAAGGUUUGCGGAAUGAAAGGAAGAAGCUUUACUGGAAUAGCUUUGAUGUGAAAAUAAAGCUUUUGAAGCCCAAAGAACAGCUAGUUGUUAAAACAAUGAUGGCCAAAGCAACAGUGAAUCCUGGAAGAAACGAUCGAUUCAGCGCAAUGCGUUACGAUCCCGAAUUUCUCAAAGAAUGUUUACGAAUCAGAAACAAAAGUUCUUCAGCGUACAAGCAUUUAAGAUCCGAAGGCAUUCUUCCCCUACCGAGUCAGAAUACACUCUUAAGAAUCAUGAAAAAAACAGAUCUCGGUGAUUCUAAUAAAUCAACGCAAUCGGAUCCAGGAAACAUCUCCGCCGAAUCAAAUUUCAUGCAAUCAAAUGUGGAAAAUGAAUGUGCUGCCAGUCCUGCCUUACCCCACUUCAAUGAGUCCGUAUCGCCUACACCUGAAAUAAUGUUGCUACAUUCAGAAGAAAUACCUGUGUCUGUACAAGAAGAAAUUAUUGUUGAAAUCUUGUCGGUUCAAUAAAGUGUGAUUUAAACUUGAAA